GGUAUACCCGAAUCUAAACUACAUUGACAUGAGCCACAACCAAUUAUAUGGCCAAAUCUCACCAAGUUGGGCACAUUGUCAAAAUUUGACACGCUUCAGUAUUUCAGAAAACCUACUUACUGGGAACAUACCUCCUGAAUUUGGGACGUUGCUUCAGUUACAUGUCUUGGACCUUUCUUCAAAUCAACUUGCAGGAGAAAUACCAAGAGAGUUAGGUACCAUGAGCUUAUUGUUCAACUUGAAUUUGAGUGAUAACAAAAUAUCUGGAAUAAUUCCCUUGGAAUUUGGAAAAUUAUCCAAUCUGGAAAUUCUUGAUUUAUCUAACAACGACAUCAGCAGCCCAAUACCACCACAAUUAGAGGGUUGUAUUAAACUGCGCAUCUUGAAUUUGAGCAAAAAUAAAUUUGAUGGGAUCAUUCCGUCUCAACUUGGAGAGUUAAAAGAAUUGCAAGAUUUACUUGAUCUGAGCCAUAAUUUUUUUGGAGGAGAGAUACCAUCACAACUGGCAAGUUUGACAUAUUUAAUAUCUUUGAACUUGUCCCACAAUAAUCUGUCAGGUGCCAUUCCUUCAUCUCUUGGAAGCAUGUUGAGUUUGUUAUCAAUAGAUGUAUCAUACAACAAUUUGGAGGGCCCACUUCCAAGAAGCAAAUUGUUUCAAAAUGCUUCGGCAGAGUGGUUUAUCCGUAACAAGGGAUUAUGUGAUGAGGUGCCAAGUUUGCCUACUUGUGGGUCAACCACUGUAAGCACUCAUCAUUCAACUAAAAACCACAUUAUACUCUUUGUUAUCACUCCUAUAUUGGGCACCUUGGUUCUUUUAGGUUUGUCUACUAUCAUCAUUGCCGCUCUUCAUAGGAGAGGAAACCCUAUAGAGAAAAAGGAUACUGAUAUUGUUAUUGGCGAUCUGUUUUCGAUAUUGAAUUUUGAUGGAAGAGUUGCUUAUGACUAUAUCAUCAAUGCCUCUGAAAAUUUUGAUGAGAAAUAUUGCAUCGGGAGUGGAACAUAUGGCAAAGUUUACAAAGUAGAACUUCCAAUGGAACAAGUGGUAGCUGUUAAAAAACUUCAUCCAAUGGAAGGAGUAUUUGAUGAGAAAAAUUUCCAGAAUGAGAUUCAAGCAUUAACCAGAAUUCGACAUCGUAACAUUGUAAAACUUCAUGGGUUUUGCACCAGUUCAGGUUGUAAAUUUCUUAUAUAUGAGUACAUUGAGAAGGGAAGUUUAGCUAGCAUCCUUUGUAAUCAAGAAACCGCAGAGGAAUUAAAUUGGGAGAGAAGAGUUCAUAUUAUCAAAGAUGUGACCCAUGCUUUAUCAUACAUGCACCAUGAUUGUAAUCUAUACAUAGUGCAUCGAGACAUCUCGAGUAAUAAUAUAUUAUUAGGCUCUGAUUUUAAGGCUUAUCUUUCGGACUUUGGCACUGCAAGAAUUCUAAAAUCUGAUUCAUCAAAUUGGAGCACAGUAGCAGGCACAUUUGGAUAUGCUGCCCCAGGUAAGUCAUUCUUCCAAUUUGUCCUCCUUAUUAUUGUAGUUAUUCUAUUUGUCAUAUAUAUAUAU